AGCGCCAGCAGCCCGCCCGCCCGCGGGCCGUCCCAGCAGGGCAGGGGCACGGUGACCGCACCAAACCCCUUCCCACCCGACACAGGAAUGCGUGAGCUGGAGAUGGGGGUGCCGGAUCACCAGUUUGGACAGCCGGGAAUGGGGGAGCAGAUCCCCUGGACGGAUAACAGCAUGUCAGCCAUGAAUCGAGGCGCGCUGAAUAAACCCGAAGACCAGUGCAUCACCUCACAGCUGGAUGAGCUCCUGUGUCCUCCCACCACGCCGGAGGGUCGGAACGACGAGAAAGCCCUGCUCGAGCAGCUCGUCUCCUUCCUCAGCGGCAAAGACGAGACGGAGCUGGCCGAGCUGGAUCGAGCUCUUGGGAUCGACAAACUGGUCCAGGGCGGCGGGCUGGAAGCCCUGACGGAGCGGUUCCAGCCCCAACAAGCCACCCCACCACUCAUGAUGGAGCAGAAACCCGGCAUGUACCCCCAGCCUUACUCCUCCGCCUCUCCCACCACCAACCUCCCCGGCGCCUUCCCCGGCACAGUCAGGCAGAAGCCGUCCUUCGGACCCAUGCCGGUGCAGGUACCGCCGCCCCGCGGCGCCUUCCCCACCAGCAUGGCCAUGCAACCCCGGCAGACGCUCAGCAGACCCCCGACGGCCCCCAACCAGCUGCGACUUCAGCUGCAGCAGCGGCUGCAGGGGCAGAAGCAGCUGAUCCAUCAAAACCGACAGGCGAUCCUCAACCAGUUUGCAGCCAAUUCCCCGGUGGGCUUCAACGUGCGGGCGGGGAUGCAGCAGCAGAUCACGCCGCAGCCUCCCCUCAAUGCCCAGAUGCUGGCCCAGCGCCAGCGCGAGCUCUACAGCCAACAGCACCGGCAGCGGCAGCUCAUGCAGCAGCGAGCCAUCCUGAUGAGACAGCAAAGCUUCGGAAACAACCUCCCUCCCUCCGCCGGGCUCCCGGUACAGAUCGGAGCCGCUCGCUUGCCCCAAGCACCCCCCCAGCAGUUCCCUUACCCCCCAAACUACGGUACGACCCCGGGAAACCCUCCCACCUCCACCAGUCCCUUCUCGCCGUUGGCAUCCAACCCCGAGGCCGCGCUGGCUAACCGCAGCAGCAUGGUGAACCGGGGGAUGAUGGGCAGCGUCGGAGGGCAGUUCGGCGCCGGGAUGACCCCACAGAUGCAGCAGAACAUCUUUCAGUAUUCGGGAUCAGGCAUGGGUCAGCAAAGCGAACCCACCUUUGCCCCGUCGCUCAGCCCCAGCAGCCCCUUGAUGUCACCCCAGCUCCCGCCUUCGCAAAGCCCCAUGCUGCAGCCGGCCCCGCCGACCCCGGGCUACCAGUCACCUGACAUGAAGACCUGGCAGCAAGGAGCCAUGGGGAACAGCAACGUAUUCAGCCAAGCGGGGCAGAGCCAGCCGGCGCCUGCUCAGCAGGGCAUGUACAACAACAUGAGCAUCACCGUCUCCAUGGCAGGAGGAAACACCAACGUCCAGAACAUGAACCCCAUGGCCGGACAGAUGCAGAUGAACUCGCUGCAGAUGCCCGGGAUGAACUCCAUGUGCUCGGAGCAGGGAAAUGACCCGGCGCUGAGACCCGCGGGCCUUUACUGCAACCAGCUUUCCUCCACUGACCUUUUGAAAACAGAAGCAGAUGGGGCGCAGGUCAGUAAGAAACUGCUAAGCACAUCUCAG